AUGUCCCCGUCAGAGCUUCCAGUAGCCGACCCAGUCGAAUCGUUCUGGACGGCACUUCCAAACCGACUGGAUGACUUUCGAAGCUCAGAAUUAUUGCCUGCUGAGUGCGAUGUCCUGAUUAUCGGUUCCGGCUUUGCUGGAGUGGCCACGGCGUACCAUAUGUUCAACAGUACUGGCCCACAAUCUAGCUUUAGGACCGUCAUGCUCGAGGCUAGGAAGCUUACGAGCGGAGCGACCGCCCGGAAUGGAGGACACAUCAAGCCGGACACAUACAUGGGCGCGACCAAGAUGGCCUCCGUGUACGGCAUGAAGCAGGUAGCGGCCUUGCAGAAGUACGAAACAGAGCAGGUUUACCUAGUCAAACAGCUGGUCGAGAAGGAAGGUCUGGACUGCGAUUUUCACCUCACUAGAGCAUGCGACGUCAUUAUGGACCCAGUUGUUGCCGAACAGAAGGCGAGAGAAUACCAUCAACUGGUGAAGGAGGGACUGGUAGAUACCAAGGACAUCGCAUACACACCUAAAAAGGAUGCAGAGCGGAUCUCGGGCGUCAAGGGUGCGCAGUGCUGCUUUACGUUCACGGCUGGCCACAUGUGGCCGCGGAAAAUGGUGCACCAGAUGCUGGAGGGACUGAUACAGCAGGGUCUGCAGGUCCACGCACAUACGCCCGUGCUUGAAAUAUCCAAGAGCAGAGACGAGCUGGGCAACUGGACGGUGAGCACGCCUCGCGGCGCGAUUAAGGCAAAAAAAUUGGUGGUGUGUACGAAUGCGUACACUUCGUCUGUCCUUCCCCAGUACAAGAACAAGAUCAUUCCCGUGCGCGGUGUGUGCAGCCGCAUCAGCUCGCCCAAGGGCAGCAAGAUGCCCCACCUCCCCUCCACGUAUUCACUCCACUUCGACGCACUGCAGUUCGAUUAUUUGGUCCCGCGGACCGAUGGCAGCAUCAUUGUGGGAGGCGCGAGAGCGGCCUUUUGGCAUGAUCGCGAUUCUUGGUGGCAUAACAAGAACGACAACGAACAGGUUAAGGACAGUGCCAAGUAUUUUGACAGCUACAUGCAGAGAUACUUCCACGGCUGGGAGGAUUCGGGCGCAAAACUGGAGCGAAUCUGGACUGGCAUCAUGGGCUACAGUUCGGAUCUUGUGCCACACAUCGGCGAAGUGUCAGGCGCCCCUGGUCAGUAUAUCUGCGCCGGGUUUUCUGGACAUGGGAUGCCCCAUAUAUUCAGUGCUAGCAAAGGUGUGGCCAGAAUGGUGGUUGAGGGUGUCUCGUUCGAGCAGACUGGCUUGCCUGCGGUGUGCAAGGAAACGCAGGCCAGACUAGACUCGACCGUCAACCAUAUGGAAGACACCUUAAAAGUUGUUUGGGAGAGACCUAGGGAAAAGCUGUAG